AAAAAUAUCCUCUGCACUUGAUUCCCGUCACAGAGCGGUUAUACAAUCUGUGCCCUCACUUGAGCCUGCCAGAAUUAAACCUUACCAUUUUCUGCCUUUACGGACUGCUUCACAACAAGCUGCCAGAAUGAUGAAAACAUUUCCAAGCAGGAAAACGAAGGACUUCAAUCUCUUGCUAAUAAAUCAUAUGUGAAAGGAAGCCACAGCGAAGAAAAUGGCUUCUCACAAGUCAAAGACUGGCACCAAGCUAAAUGUUACAAAGGCAGCGGAGGAAUUCAGUCCAGUGGAUGAAUAUGUCACACCUGGGGGCUAUGAGCUGGAGAAAAUCCUAAACCAUGGGAGUGUGGUUUACACUCAUGUCAACGAGGUCUGGCCUAACGUCUACAUCGGGGAUGAGCAGACUGCAAAGGACAAAAAUAAUCUGAAGAAAUUGGGGAUUACGCACAUCUUGAAUGCAGCAGAGGGGACGUGGAACAACGUGGACACCGGAGCUGGUUACUACACUGACAUGGACGUCGUCUACUAUGGCGUGGUAGCAGAAGACGUCGCAACAUUUAACCUUAGCCAGUAUUUCCUCUCUGCUGCCCGGUUUAUAGAAGAAACAUUGAGCAAUCCUCAGAAUAAACUGCUGGUGCACUGUGUGAUGGGAAGGAGUCGGUCUGCCACACUUUUCCUCGCUUACCUCAUGAUCUGUGAGAACAUGACGGUGGUCGACGCCAUUGAGCACGUGAAGAAACGCAGGAGGAUCAUCCCCAACUGGGGCUUCCUGAAACAGCUGAGAGAGCUGGACAUGCAGCUCCUGGAGAAAAGGGAAGAGGGUACAGAGAAGAGCUGAUUGUAGCACUCGUGGGGCAGGUUGAGGAUCAGAUCGAACCUCAAGUCAAUGGAGAUGAGUUCAAGUCGGGUUUCAAGUAAUUUCAUGAGACAAGUCUAAGUCACGUCACAAGUAAUUUCAGACAAGUCCAAGUCAAGUCAAUUCAUUGAGGACAAGUCCAAGUCAAGUCUCAGGUAGAGCAAAUCCAAAUCAAGUCCAAAGUAAUUUGAGACAAGUCCAAGUUGAGUCUCAAGUAAGUUCUAGUCUACCAGUCUGAAAUCUCAUCGUCAUGUCACAAGUCUAAAUACCCAAAUUGCAAGUCAAGAUGCAAGAUUUCAGGUCUCUCAGUGGUGUCCAUAAAAAUAACAGCAUUUGAACAUUUUCCCUUUAAAGUUCAGUUUACCAUGUUUUUUUCAUACUAAGUUAGACCAAUGUCUUUUAAUGCAGAGACCUAAUGAGUUUUCAAAGUGUGUGGGCAUGCAAAGCCUGCUUGUUGUCCCAUUAGUUUUUUUUUUACUUUUCUUGAAUAUUACCAAAUGUAAGAUGUAAAUGUUUGCUUUGAAAUUUCAUCUCGUCAGGUUUUUAGAGGGUGAUAUCUCAGGUAAAUAAAGUCUCAGAGCAGUCAAGUCCAAGUCAAGUUUCUUUUUUCACUUCUUUUUAUUUUAAAAUACUUUUCUGCAGAGAAAACAGCUGCCUGGAUUACCACGAAUUCAAAAAUGUUGUUUCUGUGACACGCUUCAGGCUAGUAAAUAUUUCAAAUUAAAAGAGAACAAUCAAGUACAUGGUCAUUAUAAUUUAUUCUUAUGCUAAAAUGUACAGCAUUUUAAGUGACUGACAAAAGGAGAAAAGUCAUAAAUACAAGAAUGUCAUUCUGUCCGAUUUUUGUGCACAUAGCCAGGUAUUUUCCCCCUGUUCUUACCAGCAACUCUGUACAGGUACAAAGGCUACAAAAGAGCAAUAUAAACAAAAACACAAGUACAAGUUGCGUUUUACAUGCAAUCCAUUAGCUUAGUUUGGUCUAUUCACAGGCUCUAUUCUUCUACACUUCGGUAAAAUAUAAAUCCAACAUUUUAUAAAGAUAGAAAACAAAUCUACAGAUGGAAUGAAAAGGUAGCUUUAAAGGCAUUAUGUAAAAUAUCAACUUUGGACUAAAUUUAUAUUUUCUUUAUUGUUAUUCGUUAUAAUCAUUUAGUUAUUUUUAAAUUCUGCCACACUUCUGGACAUUUUGAAAUGUUUUAGAAUUUUCAGGGUACAAACACUGAGAUAUGCUUUGUUAUUUUGACAGAAAUCAGUCUGCUUUAUUAAACAGAAAGCUGCCUCAAGGAGAUCUGUUACAAAAGACUUCAGAAUUAUACAUACAUAGCAAUAAAACCUCUUAAACCGAACAGAAAACAGGACUAAGUUUACAUUUUUUUUACAUUAUUAGAAUUAACAAAAUAUAGUUUCAUCUUUGUCCCCGUGGAGGGAAACCUAAUAAAAGGCCAGAUAUCUUUAAAAUGGCUUGCUAUUAAGCACAACACUUGUACAGUACUACUCAAUGCACUGUCACUAACAGAGACUGAAGCAUGCUAGUUGUCACUUUACAAAAUAGGUACAAUAAUUUAAAUAUACAAAGGCAUGAGUAUAGUACAAACUAAUUGUCAGCACUGUUAGACAGGUACACUGAACAGGUUCAAACAGCCACUAACUCCACUUGUAGCAGGCACAUUAAAUGGCUUCAUUUGAGGCUGCUACACGACUGCAAGACCACUGAUGAAAUCUCUACCGCUGAGCUCUGAACGCUGAGCUCUGAACGCUGAGCUCUGAACCCGCCUGCUCUAAAGACACAUCAGAGACACGAACACUAAUUAAAUAGAUUUUCAUCGUAAUGAUGUAAGGCUUCCCA